GGCAGCAUCAACUCUCCCUCCACCUCUUUAGCUCAUCUGAUUACGAACCAACCAAAUUUCAUCUUACCUUAUCCAAAUCCACCUACACCACACUUCACUACUUAGACCAUUUCUUCAUUCCUUUUCCUUUGCAUCAUCUCCUAAUCUGAAAACCAGAAAGCUUAAGGGGCUAGUUGAAAAUGGCAACAGCAGCAGCAUCAACAACCUUGUCCUCAGCAGCUGUUCCUGCUGCUGUUACAAUCUCAGGGAGCAAGGCACAGAGAAAGAUGAACAAGGUUGUGUACAUGAGUGGCCUUAACUCCUAUGGAGGUCUGAAGGCUAACAACACCGUGGUCGGCCUUGGUAAUCCAGUGUGCACCGAGCAGUGUUUCGCCAACGUCGUGAGCUCAUUGAGGAGUACUUCUAGCAAGAAAGGAAGAUUAGGUGGUGGAGGUGCUUUGUCUUCUACUUGCAAUGCUGCUGCUGAGAUAUUCAGGAUUGCUGCUGUUAUGAAUGGACUUGUGCUCGUUGGUGUUGCUGUUGGAUUUGUGCUUCUAAGGAUUGAGGCAGCUGUAGAGGAAGCGGAGUAACUUCUAUGCAAAUUUGAACUUCGAAUGUAACUAUAUAAGUUUCUUUUUGUCUCCUUAUUUCAUGAAUUGGAUAUUGGCGUUCAAUUUGUAGGUUCAAUGAUAAACCUCAACUCCCACAUUAA